UUUUGUCGAAGCCAAUGCCACCGCCGGCAUUCACCGGUCGCGACAGCUACCAGCGCCUCCAACAACUCCAAGACCUAUGCAUACCGGACGACGAACGAGGGUUUGAUGCCGUCCUUCUCGUGGGCGGUGCCGAUGGUCUGUACUCGCCUGGGUCCCAAGCCGCGUUGAAGUACUUGUUCCUGGGCAAGUCUGGCCAAGACCUACUCGGCGAGCAGGUGAUUCCCCAGCAGUACGAAGCGCUUGAGGACAUUGUCAUUGUGCUCACACGCACGUCCGUCUCGAUCUUUUACAUCCUGGACAGCGACAGCGCGACGUUCCUUCUCCCGUUCGUGAGCAACUGGCGCAACGUCACCGAGUACGUCGCGACGGACGACAUGACGCAGGACGUACGAGAACUCACCAAAAUUCGCGCGUUUCGGUCCAUGGUGGAGCCCCAUCGUGUGAUUGGAAUUCCCCUCCACGAACCAGGAAAACCAUCGAAGGAGGCACCAACCGCGGAAGCGUGGCCCAUCGUCCAGUCGUUCGGGCUGGACGAGUUUCACCCUGCAAGCACCGCCAAGGGCUUCUUCAGCAUGCACCACAGUGUCGUCAAUUGCGCCAUGGCGCUGACGGCUCGACUCACGGACAUUGACGAUUUCUUUGCCCAGCGGCUCGUAACGGAUGCCGAGCCGGCGUUGGCACACCAUUUCGACGGAUUCCUCGCCAAGCUGGAUCAUGCCGAUACCCCCGCGGCCCGCGGCGCCUUCACCGAAGCCGACAUUGCGGACGAUCUGUCCAGCUUUUACGACUUUGGUACCAUUCGCCAUGACGCGCGUGGACUUACCAAGUCGGCUCACCGCGGCGCGUCCGUGCAUUUUGGCACGCGCACCAGUGCAGCGCCAUCCAUGCCGUCGUCCAAGACCGUCCUGGCGCAUCAAGCGGGAGUGAGCGGGCAAUUCCCAGCCACCCAUUUCACGGUCGUGGCGGAAGAACCGCUCACGGGCCUUCGUGUGGGCCGGACGUAUUUUUUGGGCACCGGCAAGUGCGCCGGGCGCAUCGUUGACCCGGACGCACUGGUCUCCCCCGGCGACGCCACGUUGGAUCGAUACGAGUCUGUUCCAAGCAAUGCACCGGAUACGCUGCGAUUGAUCGCGUUGUACACAAAGUUGCUCGCGGUGCAUACGUCGACGACUCUGCCAGCGGUCGUCGCCAGCGCCAAGGCUUAUGGAGCGAGUCCAGCGCAAUGGGCGACCGCGGCGCACGAGGCCGCGAUGCACGCGUUUCGACUUCAGAUCACGGACGAGUUCGGUGACGCACCAGCCUCGCUUGCCACGCAACUGACGGUGACUGUCGACGUUGUCGAUGCUUGCGGCGAGUCUGUCGCUGCCAUCGAGCCCCACGCGAAAUGGAGCCAUGCUUAUGUAACAACAUCCAUCGCCGCUGUAUCGAGCACGGUGGCGAAAGGGGCGAAUUUGGGCGCGCUCGUGGUCGGCGACUCGAUCCUGGUCGACAUCGGGACCUGUGCGUUCUUGGUCAUCACGGCGGCAUCGUUUCCGGCUUUUCGCACGUGGAUUCAACCGGGCAUGGAAGCAGACCAUGCCGCGCAUGUCGACACUGUUCUGGCGUCGGAUUAUAUGCUCGACCACGUCGUCCAGGUCGGUCGACCGAUCCGAGAGGUGGUGUCGCCCGCGCCCGUGCUCGUCGACAGCGACCACUUGCACGUUAUCCAAGGCUCGCUGCAACCGUAUGCCCACGGGUUUGUGUUGAAGAGUCCCCACAGCCACCCACUCGUUGUCUCAUUUCCGACGCACGUUCGGUCGCUGCGCGUGCUCUCGACGCCGUACGACGAGCUGCUGUUGGUCGUCGUAGAUUUUGUCUCGACCUCGAAUCCAGUGCUGGAGUGGCUCCCGGGCGCGGCGACGCCUGCCGCGGCCUCGAUCGCGCUGCCGCUCGUCGCGGGUUCUCGCAUGCAAAUUUGCGUGUUGGGCGUCCUCGACGAGUGGAAAGCCUCGGCUGCUGCCCACGACAUUCCGUUCCUAAAGCCAGCGACCGAUGCGUUGGAGCCGAUUCCGCUGGGGUUUCAACGUGGAUGCGAUGCGCUGCUGGGCAAGUCGCCCGACUCGGCCACCCGCGAUCGCUUGUUUCCCCAGUGGUGUCUUUCAAAAGCGCCGUCGCCAGUGCCGCCGUCGUGGACUCGACCCACGUCGAUGGCGACGCUCGUUGUGCCCGUCACCGUCUUCAUCGGCCUGCCUGGCAGCGAAGUGCAGUCGCUUGCCACUUCUCUGACCGAGCUCACUGCACGUGCCAACGCGUGGCACCAUGUCGUUGUGGACACGCGGGAAUUGCCGGCCGACGCGGCGGACACGGCAGCAUGCAUUCGCACAAAGGUCGCCGACGCCUUGGCAUCGAUUACGAGCAGCGAUGUCGUCGGAUGGUUGCGCCGGCCUCGCAUUCUCGUCACUGUUGUCGGCUAUGUGGACCCGAUUGGCGUGUGCGCCGCGAUCGAGAGCACGGACAGGUCGCUCACGUUGAGCACAGUCAUAGCCGUGGUGUCGUCGGUGGCCGUGACUGUGCCCGAGUCGGCGAACCCAUUUCCAAAGCUGUGGGAUCAACUGGCGGCGGGGUUCAUCACGACAAUUGUGCUGACCCACACGCAGGAACUCGACCACGUGUGCCUCCACCGGCUCCGGACUCGCGUCGACGCGGCGAAUCCGUUUGCGGACGUGCUGUGCUUGCGGUCCAACAGCUUGGACGGCGACUUGACGGCGUUCGUGGCCCUCGACGAAUUCAACGCCCCCGACCGUCAACGAUACCGCGACGUCCACUUUCCGUCGUGGCAAGUCAAACCGGCGGCGUACGCCGCGCCGCUGCCGCCGUCCGUCUCGGCCGUCCGAUUCGAAAUGCAGCUCCAACUCGACCGCACGCGUUUCGUUGCUUGCAUUCACCGCGGGUUGAGCCCGACGUCGACGCUCCAUUCGAUCGCACCGGUGCAUCCGGCCCUGCCGCCGCCCCAACUCUCUGGCUUGCGACUCGCGCAGGCGCUGGCGUUGGAAAAGGUCACCCAAAGCACAUUGCUGGGAACGACCAGCGACGGCCAUGGCGUUGACUUGGACGACGUUGCCGCGAUUGUGGCGCACGUCGGGCAAGUGUGGACCGUCGAGGCGUCGCUUGCAUUCACGGACGACGUCCACCACGGGUACACGUACUUGAGCACGGGAACCAAGUCGUUUCUGCGGCCGCAGUCGUCGUCGCCCCCAACGGCAUGCACGUUUGCUUUUACCGGGGCCAACCUUCAGCCGGAGAAACUCCGUCAGCUCUUGCUGCAGUGCUGUCCGUCGCGCCAUCCCGCAGUCGCAGCGAUUGAGUCGGUCACACUCGACGAGAAGCGCCGCAUCCAAGCGCUCCACGUGACGGACCCACUUCCCGAUGGGUACAUGUUUGACGGGACGGCAUAUUACGACUACUUUGGAGGGCACCACGAAUUUCAUCCCAACAUCCAACGCUUCAUCGACGAGCACGUUGCCAUGAAGAAUGCCGCUGCAUCGCGCCAGAACAACGAGCUCGAGCAGGACCACCUGCGGUACGAAGAACGCACCAAGCAAUUGUGACGUUAGCCACGGUGCCGUGUUCAUAAUGCAUGUGUUGUAUUGCAAGA